CACAACAGCUGUUAGAUGACAAACUAAGUGUCACCUGUCAAUAAAACUUAAUUGUCUUUUUUAAAAUUUUCGGAAAUGAUUCUGUUUUGAGUCUUUAUUAUUAAUAAUAUUAAAAAGUUUCCCAUGAUCCCUGCCACCGUUGCAAAUGAAACUUCUCGCAUUGAUCUCACAGGAAUUAGAACAGUAUAAGCUCGGCCGCCGUCACACGGAGGCGCCAUGGGCAGCGCGGAGUAUGUGCAGAUCAAGGAGCUGAAGGCGGGCAUGAAGAACAUCAACGCCGUGUUCAUCGUGCUCGAGGUGGGCCCGCCCACGCUGACCAAGGAGGCGCGCGAGGUGCGCACGCUGCGCGUGGCGGACGCGUCGGGCGCCGUGCACCUGUCGGUGUGGGACGAGGCGGGCGCGCUGCUGCAGCCCGGCGACAUCGUGCGCCUCACGCGCGGCUACGCGGCGCUGUGGCGCGCCGCGCUCACGCUGUACUCGGGCAAGGCGGGCGACAUCCAGAAGGUGGGCGAGUUCUGCAUGCUGUUCAACGAGCAGGUCAACAUGAGCGAGCCGCAGGCCGCGCCGCCGCCGCCCGCGCCGCCCGCGCUCGAUGCGCCGCUCAAGGGAUACGCACGCGGCCGCGCGCCGCCGCGCGCCACCAGCCGCCGCUACACCAUCCCAACACAUUCCCAGCACGGAGCAGAAUGCGGUUUGGAGCGCCUCUCGCGCUCCUGUGCGUCGGUGAGUGAGGCGUGCGGCUCGCUGCCCCCCGGCGUCGGACAGCCCGGGGUCUGCUCCGCUGCCGGAACUCGGAAGCGAGCGCCGAGCGCGGUGCUACACGGCGCGGCGUCCGAGCCGCAGCCGGCGCGCUCCCCCGGCGCGCAGUGGCUGCGCCUGCUGGCAGGUGAGCCGCGCCCGCUAGUGCCGCUAGUGCCGCUAGUGCCCCUGGUGCCGCUGGUGCCGCUGGUGCCGCUGGUGCCGCCCGCUGCCGCUCAGCCCCGCUUCUUUUGCAGAUUACGUGCAGGACGCCGAGCAGCUGGAGCGGCGAGGCGCACGGCCCGAUCUGCGCCGGCCCGCUUCGCUGCGCUACCUAGAUAUGUAGAGGAACACUUUGAAAAAGAAAGCAAAAAGCUCGAUCGCCCAGGGGCACCUUUUCUUACGUUCCCGGCUGGGAGCGUGGCAGCUCACAAAGAGAGGCGGCAGCGGACGCCGCUCUUUGCCGGUUCGUUGGAACUGCGGCCGCAUGACUGCUGGCAACGCACUGUACCGCUCGCCUGCGCAGGUGCGGUGCCCGGCACGCCCGUGCUUCUGCUGCCGCUGAGUGCGCCCGGCGCCGUUGCUGCCGCUGCCGCUACCGCGUCGCGGCACCGGACGGAAUACAACCUAUUCUUCGGUGAUGGCAAGUACGAUGAUGUACAUGAAGAAGAUGACUACGAUGACGUGAAGGGCUACGCCCCUCCUCGGGCCAUGGCGCGCCGCCCGCAUGCGCCUGCGCAGGUCACGGACUACGGUCCGCCGCCGCCAGCCGCAGCGCAGGACGCGGACAGCGACGCACGCACGCCGCCGGCUCGGCCGCGCCCGUCGCAGCGUGGCCGGCUGGAGCAGCCGCGCUACCCCUCGUACGUGAGCGUCGACUUGCUCGACGAAGCGCCGUCCAGCCCGCACGUCGGUUCCGCAGCGUCUUCCGGGGAGCUUUUGGAAAAGUUCCGCGCUCAAGCGCCGGCCGCGCCGCACUUGCCGCCUGUUGUGCUGUCCGCGCACGACUCCAGCGAGCGCGCUCCGCCUGCCGUCGACGCCGCCGAUGCCGCUGAUGCCCCCGACGCAGGCUUCAGCGACCCCGCGCCAACAUGCUCGGGCCCCGCCACUGCGCCGGGCCGCAGCUACCUGCCGCUGCCGCGCACCACUUCGCCGCCCAGCGGCAUCUCGGUGCCGCCGCGGCCGCGCUUCGAGCGGUCGCUGCUGCUGCGCGGACAACUGACAGUGCCGCGCGCGGACUACACCGAGCCGUACACGGUGUGGUGGGACGCGGGGAGCGGUGCAGCGAGGGUCGACUUCUACGGCGGGUCGACUUCUACGUUUUACACUAUCCAGCCUGGCGGAAGCACACAACGCUUAGAAGUGCGUGCGGACCGCUCGGGCGAGGCAGCGCUGCGCCGCUGCGCCCGCGCCGCCGCGCCCGCGCCCGCCGCCCGCGCGCCGCCCGCGCUCCCCGACUUGGACCUCUUCUCCUUCGCCGGCUACGCCGGCGACGUGGAGCGCUGGCGGCACACGCGCUCCGGCCGCGCCGGCGAGCUGGGCGCGGCGCCCGGGGAGGUGCUCUCCUUCCGGCACGAGCUGCUGCUGCGCCGCGCGGCGGGCGACAGCGCCAUCCCGCUCAGGUACACGGUGGACGUGGACAGCUCCGUGCUGGGCGCCGCCUGCGAUGGCUACGAGCACCGGUACAUGGCCGUGCGCGAGCAAACCCACGUUCCAGAUGAUUUAUGUGAUACCGUGGAACAACUGAACAGUUCCUCGGCCGCACACACUGCGCGCCUGGAUCCACUGAAGGAGUUCACCCUGCCCCACCGCGACCUGCGGUACGACGAGGCUAUAGAAAUGUUCAAGACGGAGUACAACCGGCAGUACGCGGACGGCGCGGAGGAAGCGUUGCGCAAGAACCUGCUGUUGCAGCACAUGCGCUUCACGAGCGCCGGGAACCGCGAGGGCGCCACCUUCGAGCUGGCCGUCAACUUCCUCGGCGACCGCCUCGACGCCGAGCUGGCCGAGCUGAUGGGCGUGCGCGCCGAGCCCGAGCGCCAGCGCGCCGAGCCGUUCCCGCACGCGCGCGCCGCGCUGCGCGCAGAGUUGCCGCGCCUGCCGCCGCGCUUCGACUGGCGCCCGCGCGGCGCCGUGUCGCCCGUGCGAUACCAGGGCUCGUGCGCGUCGUGCUGGGCCUUCGCGGUGGCGGGCGCCGUGGAGGGCGCGUUGUUCGUGCGCACGCGCCGUCUCACGCCGCUCUCCGAGAAGUGCCUCGUCGACUGUGCCCAACCGUUCGGCGGCAACGGCUGCGGCGGCACGUGGCCCAGCCACGCCUACGACUACGUGCAGAGCCGCGGGCUGCCGGCGCGCGCGCUGUACCCGCCUUACGAGGAGCGCGCGGGCGCGUGUGCGCCGCAGAGCCAGGCGCCCGUGACGCGAAUCAGCGCGCACGUCAACGUCACGGCAAAUAGCGUCGCAGCGCUCAAGGUGGCGAUCCGCAAGCACGCGCCCACCGUGGUCAUCAUUGACGCGAAGGCCAAGAGCUUCGUGUUCUACAAGAAGGGCGUGUUGUACGACGACCGCUGCGGCAAGGCGGGCGCGCGGCUGAACCACGCCGUGCUGGCCGUGGGCUGGGGCGCGCGGCGCGGCGAGCCGCACUUCAUCCUCAAGAACUCGUGGUCGGACGCGUGGGGCGAGCGCGGCUACGUGCGCGUGCAGGCGCGCGCCAACACGUGCGGCGUGCUCGCCAAGCCGUCCUACCCGCGCCUGGAGGACGCCGACGUGCUGCCGGCGCGCGGCGCCCGCGGGGCCGACUACGACUACUAG